GCAUGUACACGCAUCUAAGCGGCCUAGCGCUAUAAAAGAGUCACUUUUAUGAAUAUAUGCACCAGCCUAAUAUCGCCAUCUCGACCUCAAGUAAAGCCAACACAUCAAUUGAUCCAUCAUGCCAGCGAUUACUCAUGCAGGAGUGGAUACAUCACUCUAUACUUCCAACCAGUCCUAUGGAGGCCAUGCAGAUACAACGUUGUUCACGAAUAUUCGUGGCACUAUGGGUGCUACCAUCACCGAGAUUACAGCCUACACUGACUCAUGGCAACUUCAAGGCCUCAACGUCAAGUUCAGCGAUGGAAAUGUCUACAAGUACGGCAAAGAAGACAACAAGAAAUCGCAAUUUACCUUUCAAACGGGCGAGACAAUCAUUCAACUCGUAAUGCACGAUUCACACAAGAAGUGUGAUAAUGGUCAAUACCAUUCAGGUGGCUUUUACAUCAAGACGAAUCUCAGACGAGAGUUCGAAGUCAGCCCUAAAAAAUCGCCCAAAGCCAAGUAUGAGGUUGAUGUUGGGUCCGGUCUGCUGGUUGGAGUGUUUGGAGGGAGCGACACGUCUAAAAUCAACCAAUUGGGCUUUGCAAUUUUGCGUCCGGUGGAGAGCGCUGUCUUGGUUGACGUGAGCUACCCUGGUUUAAAUGCAGUCCCCGUGGCCAACACUCCCACCAACGUUGAUAGCGUCACCUAUGCCAACAAUACUUCAAUAACUCAAACGGUGGACCUGCAUGGCUCAACUACCGUUACAACCGAGACCAAAUGGUCAGUUUCAACUUCAUUGGAGGUGUCCAUGACUACAACGGUGAAGGGUGGUGUUCCAGAAGUAGCUGAAGUGGAGGGGUCGUUUCAAUGGCAACUAGGGGUAACUGCAUCAUACGAGCGAUCCUCUACAAAGGAAACAUCAACUUCAUACGAUUUCCCUGUCGUUUGUCCCCCUGGUAUGACAACCACUGCUCAGGCCAUCAUCUAUGAGGAUGAAAUCACUACCAACUACGUAGGUACAAUGACCUACAAUCUGGACAAUGGAAAUACGCUCAGCUAUCCUGUCAAAGGCAUGUAUAAUGGCCUGUCUGCUCGCGGGGUGUACGUUGAGGCUCAAGAGACCCCUCUGGACAGUUGAACUGCUGAACUAAAGCCUGGGGAAUGAACUGACAAAUCCAGAGAGUACUUUAGGUACUGAGUAGUGACAGUGUGUUAGGUACUGAGUAGUGACAGUGUGUUAGGUACUGAGUAGUGACAGUGUGUUAGUGGACACUGAUUAUAUAGAGUGUU